GAGUGACCGCGGUAAAUUGACUUUAUUAAAGCACGUGUUUAGGUAAGUUUGGCGGACACGUGGAAGAGCUCAUUGUGUCUGAUGGGGGGGAGGAGCCACCCCGCAGCAGCUCAGCUGUGGUACGCUCCGCGCUGGAUGCGUUUGGCUCCACUGACCGGCGGAUCAUCAUCCUCCUCCUCCUCAUCCUCAGAACCACGCAGAGCCCCCGGAUCUUCCCUCCGGUCCCCCCCUCCCUCCCUCCACGCAGCGAGCCGCAGCCUGCAGCCUGUCCGUCCUGAUGAAGCAGAGUCUGGGCGAGCUGAUGAGGAUGAGCAGGAUAUGCCGGAUGCUUUUUGCCACUUGUUUGGGAUCCUUUAUUCUGGUCAUCUUCUAUUUCCAAAGUAUGUUCCAACCAGUCAUGCAGAAGAACCCGUUUGUGGUGGACGGCUGCUGCAGGAAAGGGUCCCGUAAUUCUCUGCAGGAUCUCUACAGCCCCUCACAGUUGGACCCAUCGGCCCUCCAUGAUCCCAUGGAAAUCCCCGCUAAUCAGGCCCACGUUCCUUCCAACCUGAAGACGCUGAAUCAGUACAGCAUCGCCGAGAUCAACCAUCGCCUCAAGAACUACUUCAAGUUCCUCUUUGUCCGUGAGCCCCUUGAGAGGCUGGUCUCUGCUUACCGCAACAAGUUCACCCUCAAGUAUAAUUCCUCCUUCCAUAAGCGCUUCGGCACCCGGAUCAUCAGACGCUACCGUAAGAACGCCACCCAGGAAGCCCUGGUCAACGGCGACGACGUCAAAUUCAAAGAAUUCAUUGAUUACCUGGUGGACCCGGCCACACAGCGCGGUCGCCCUCUCAACGAGCACUGGCAGACAGUUUACCAGCUUUGUCAUCCGUGUCACAUCCACUAUGACAUGGUGGGCAAGUACGAGACCCUCGAAGAGGAUGCCAACCACAUAUUGGGGCUGGUGGGUGUUGGCGAGUCCCUGCGCUUCCCAAGCUACGCCAAGUCCACCCGUACCACAGACACCAUGACUGCUCAGUUCUUCAGCAAUAUCAGCGCUCAGCAACAGGUCCAACUCUACCAGCUUUACAGAAUGGACUUCCUCAUGUUCAACUACUCUAUUCCCAGCUACCUGAGGCUGGACUGAAUGACAACAGAGCUGGUACUCUGACAAUGGCUGCCUUGUUUGCAGAAAGCCAACAAAAUGGGUGAAGUGAAAAUUUGUUGGGAAGAGAACUUGAUUUUGAACAAACUGUAAUUGUGCUUUGUUGGUGUUCUGUCUGCAAACGGAUAUUUAACCAGUCCUGAAGGAUUGGAACGACGCAUGCUUCUGUGGGCGUUUAGCUGAAGGAUGUUCACACCAGGAGCACUGAUUUAACGGGAAUGUGGGUUAAAAGUAACCCAACACCUACAUAAACUGACAUUUCUGGGUGAAGCAGGUCUUCAAGAAGAACUUCUCUUCAGAAGAUGAACUCAAUGGAGGGAUUCUUCUGAUUAUAUUCACGACAUCCGAGGCUGCGGCGGAUCCUGCAAAGCAAACAGCAGCCUAACACUGACUCCAAUACAUUGCGAGAGCUAAGCUCAUCCUUUUUUUCCCCCCUAAUCUUAGAAACUCCGUCAAAUUGUAAAGCAGUUCUUGUCCUUUGCUGCACAGUCAGCAUGGGGAGUUAAUUCCCCUUACCUACCAUCCAUUACAUCAGAUUCACGUCAGGAGAAAAUUGGCUUAUCACAUUCUCAAGGGUGCCUUAUAAAAUACGGCUCCUUCUUUUACAACCAUGAACUCACCAGCUGUAACUAUAGCCUUCAGUCAUGUGUUUUACCAAAGUCAGUUUUACCACCAGAUCGGGACGUUGGCUAUGCAGAACUCCUCAUUUCCACAAGACUUUGAAGAAUCCGUCAAUUCUCUUCCUGCAGAUUGAUCCGAACGGCCAAACCCCUGAAACAUUUCAAGAAGCUGGAUGUAGAAAAGAACAGGAAGCGUGAAUCUGAUUAGCAUCCUAAAAGAAAUGAGACGAGGUUUCAGAAGAGUGAUAGUCACUGGAUGCCACCAUGCCCCUCGUAGGGGCCCAGUGGACACAAGCAGGAACACACCCAACAGCCGAGCUACCAGUCAAAGAUAUAUUUAAGUAAUCACACCUUUUGCCGUCUUUCUUAUAUUUUGCUUCUGUUGUCUUAUGAAAUGUUGCUGCAAGCAGCAGAAAUAAAACCGUAUUUAAUUAA